CACUCUCGCGCUGCGCAAACGAACGGCAGCGCGCGACACUCUCAUCAGGACUGUGGAGAACGAGGACGUCAAAGAAACCUAGUUCGUGCACUACUAAUGCAAAUACAUACUUCUGAAAACUUAACAGUGCAACGCAGGUGGAUAUAACCGUUAUCGAUACUAUACGUUUCCCUUGUGCCAUGAAGAACCUUCUCCCCAAGCUGUGGAUCUUCAUAGCUGCAGUUCUCUUCCUCCCUUUGCUCAAUGCUUCUGAGUAUGAGUACUACAACUGGAAACCGGAAAUUUACGGCAGAAACCCACAGUGCAUGGACAUUCCCGAGGACCUGAGGUUGUGUUUUAAUGUGGGUUACAAGCAGAUGCUGCUUCCCAAUUUGCUGGAACAUGAAACCAUAGCGGAGGUAAAGCAGCAAGCGGGCAGCUGGGUUCCUCUGGUGCACAAAGCCUGUCACCCCGGAACGCAAGUGCUCCUCUGCUCGCUCUUCGCCCCCGUAUGUCUUGACAGACCCAUAUAUCCUUGUCGCUGGCUUUGCGAGGCUGUCAGAGACAGUUGUACCCCUAUUAUGGAGGCGUUUGGGUUCCCUUGGCCUGAAAUGCUCAAUUGUGACAAGUUUCCCGAGGGCGACGUGUGCAUUGCCAUGAACACCACCAACAGCGAUGAUAUGGACACAUCCCCAGGUGUCUCUUCUGUGUGUCCGCCAUGUGACAAUGAGAUGAACACAGAUGGAAUUCUGGAACACAUGUGUGCCAGUGAAUUCGCAAUCAGGACGAAGAUUAAGGAAGUCAAAAUAGACAACUUAGACCGAAAAAUCAUUCUGCAGAAAAGGAGGAAGCCGGUGAAACUUGGAACUCUGAAAAAGCAGGAACUAAAGAAGCUUGUUUUUUACCUGAAAAAUGGAGCAGCCUGUCCGUGCCAACAACUGGAAAACUUAGGGCACAGCUACUUAAUCAUGGGUCGUCGGGCGGGGACACAGUAUAUUUUGACAGGCAUUCACAAGUGGGACAAAUCUAGCAAAGAAUUUAAGACGGCCCUUAAAAAACUUAAAAGCCAUAAAUGUCCAACCUAUGAGCCAGUGUUCAAGUGAUUUUUGAUCAUUUGGUAAUUAAUCAUGUCAUUAGCAUUAUAUUACCUUUUGCCUUACAGUAUAGUAUAGAAAGAUGCCACAAUCCAACUAGUUAGUUUUGAAAGAGUUUGUUUGCCCAAUAAAUGUCUGAAUACAUGCAAACAAACAAGUGCAGUUUAGUUCAAAUUCAUAAUGUUCUUGAACAUUUCUAAUCAAUCCAAGUACAAAACAAUAUUCACAGUUAUUUACAUUUCAUUAUGCUGUAAGUCAGUUGAGAGAGUUUUGCUUUUGCAGACACUGCAUUUUGAUAUAUCUCGACAUUUUCAUGUUGGAUUAAUAUCUAUUCAUACAGUCUAUUAAUAAUGUUUAUGUUUUAUUCAUCACAACUGUCAGUUAUUAGUCUAUUCAGUAAAAUACAUAAUACAUGCACCUUAGACAAUAAAGGGACAGAUUUUUUUUUGACAGUUUGUUUGGCUUGCAUAGGAUGCAAAUCACAGUUAAUCAUGAAGUGGAAGGUGUUCUAUAGCAUGCCUGAGGACUUGCACAUUGCACUGUAAUCAUUCAACAUUAAAACAGAACAUAUUUUUAAUA